AUGAGGUUCUUGGAAGCCCUAAUUGUAAAGCCAGAGCUGGGCUCAGUUUCAUCCUCAACCUUGCCUGGCGGAGCAGGAGGAGGAGGUGGACUCCCCGGAGGGUGGCUCUGGGAGUGCCAUGGGAUAUGGCAUACUCUGUUUUUGAUAGUGUCCUCCGGUUUGUUUUUGCUGUUUUUAGCAUUCCAAGCCAAGAAAAGUGUUGCGAAACUCUCUAAUGGCAGAUCCCAUAUCAUCAUCGCUUACUAUGCUUUCCUCUGGCUCGUUACCGUUCUCAAUUUGCUCUGGUGUUCACUUCAGGCAUGGGAGUGUUCAUCAGGCAAAGAGGUUGCCUGGAGCGUUUUAUCUUUGUUUACCACAUCAGGAAUGCUGUUUCUUGAAGUAAGCUUAAUGGCCUUUUUGCUGCAAGGAAAUUAUGCUAGUGGACAGGAAGCUUUAACACGGACAUUUGGAAUAUCAGGCUUCAUUGUCGGUGUAGAUAUAUUUCUCAAGGGUAUCUACACAUUUGGAUUUGGAGUACCAUUGUUCAUUGAUAACAACGAAGAGUCUCAUAGAGUGAAAUGGGGUUUAUGGGUAGUUCACAAGUUACUUGUUACUGGAGUUUAUGGCGUCAUAUUCUUCCUCUACCGGUCUAGAUGGAGAGAGAGAUUGCCUGCUAGACCUGCAUUCUACAACUAUAUAACCAUCAUGUUUGGUUUGAAUGCACUGGCGUUGGUUGCCUGUGCACUUGCUGCAAAUGGAGCUGCAUUUGGCCUCUGGUUGAACGAGGGUGCUGUCAUCUGCUACCACGCCUUUUAUCUUCCGCUACUCUAUGUGACAUUUCUUGCUGACUUUUUCCAGGAGGAAGAUUUGAACCUAGAAAAUGUGUACUACUCGGAGAUGAAAGAUGCAGGCUUCUUUGACACAGACUGGGAAUGA